UUUGUAAUUGGAAAUUGGAAAUGAAGAUCUUUGUCACCUUUGCUUGCCUCUUAUUCUCUAGCUUUGCAAUGUCUGAUGUGAAGACUGUCCAAGAAUGCAUUCAGUGCGUCAAUCAAGGGGACUUUCUUUGUCAGGAAAAUAAUUUUCAGUUAUAAAUUAUCACUGAUGCUCAGGAGAAAAUUUUUAUAAUGACUGUGAUUAUUCAGUAAGAAGCUCUUGGACUUGAAAUAAUGAAGCUAAGUACAUUGGAGGACAAUAUGGAGUGUACCUUAACUGUCCCACUAAUUAUGAGAUCUGUGGCGAAAGAAAAAUUUCAUUUUUGUCUGAGAAUUCUGAAGUUAUAUCAGCAUCCUCAAUUCCUGCAGACCAGGUCUGAGUGUAUGAGCUAGAAUUUGAAGACUCUCAUAUGUACGAUAGCUUUAGACUAAGCUCGUCUGACAUUAAGAAUUCUAAAAUUCUUUUGUUCUCUAAUCCUUAUUCGACCAAUUAUAUUUUUGAAGGAGAACUGCAAUUUUUAGAAAAUCCCAAUGAAGCCCGAAAAGAAAUUUUGCCCACAAAAUAUGGGGCAUCAAUUAUUAAAAUUCUUGUUUUACCUCAAAAUGGUAACGUAGGAAGCUUCUCAAUAUCUGCAAAUGCAUUUGAUUCAAAGAAGAGAGGAGGCUCUUCCUUCAACUGGCCUAUUUAUCUCCCCAUCAUGCUUGGGGGAGGAAUGAUCAUUGCAAAUACAAUACUUUGCAUCUUAUAUAAAAGGAGAAAGAGAAAUCAAGAAAGAGCAAGGUUAGCAUCAAGACUCCAAAACAACCAAAUCAACAACCCCAACUCCGCCCACCAAUCCCUCAUCGACGACCAAGACCGCACUGAAGAAUCCUCCCAAGAUUUCAUCCACCACCAAAUUCACAUCCCUCACUAAUCUCUCAGAUCACCUCCGCUAAAAUCUCUCCAAAAAUUGCAC